AUGAGCCCCUCCACUAGUAGUGAGACGCAGUAUGCCGUGUGGAUAGACAUGGUCGCCGGGGGCUGCGGGGGCAGCCUCGCCAAGUCCAUCCUCAGCCCCAUCCAGCGCAUUGUCGUCCUGCAGCAGCUCGGGCAGCACCGGCCUUACGGGGUCUGGCAGCUCGCGCGCCACAUCCUCGCGCGCGAGGGGAUCACAGGCUUCUGGCGGGGAAACCUGACCUCGAUGAUCAUGCGGGUCCCAUCCAGCGGCCUCCAACUCGCCCUCUACAGCAGGCUUAAGUUUCUGGCGCAGGACGCGCUCACAGGGUACGAAACGCGUCCUCGCGCGACGGGUGAGCAGGGAAAGAACGGGGAGGCCUGCGAACGCAUCCAGCGGAUGGAUGUGGUGGAGCGGUUUGUGAUCAAGUGCUGCGCGGGCGGCCUCUCGGCAAUCUUCGCGAGCGCGGUAGUCUACCCAGGCGAGGUCGUUCGUCUGCGGUUGAUGUCAGGCGAAAAGCAGUUCAGAGGAAUUUGGACUACCUGUCGGCUUAUUUACCGUGAAACGAACUCGUUACGGAACUUCUACCGCGGGUUCGCAGCAUCCUCGAUUCAGCGUGUGCCUGAUAUUUUGAUUUGUUUCGCCACUUACGAGACAGUGAAAUAUGCACUACUGGAUAGUCCGAAUCCGGUCUUUUCAAAAAUGGAUCAUUCCACGCGGAAUCUACUUUCCACAAUCGUAGGGGGCUCCCUCGCAGCGUUGGCUUCAAUCAUGGUAACUUUUCCUUUGGAUGUUGCGAAACGGCGAAUUGGGAUGUCAGGGCAGAGCAAUGAUAAGGUUUUCUACACGAGUAUAGGACAUUGUCUUCGAAGAGUAUACACGAAGGAGGGGAUUCAAGGAUUGUAUGCUGGAUUCUUCAUGGAGGCGGUGCGUUGCGUACCACAGGUAAUAUUAAUGUGGAUUUUUAUUGAAGCGAUCCAAAAGCAACUCGCGAAGCGAUGCAUCUAA